CCGUGGAAGGAGGGAGCAAGAGAGGGAAGGAGAGAGGGAGAGAAGGAGAGAGAGAGGUGGACGGAGAUGCACACUUUCACAGCCGGUGGUGCAGAGGUUGGUUGUGUUACAACAGUGGAACACAGCCCAGGUCUCAAGGCUGGGGCACGGAGGCUAGCUGUCCAGAACCAGGGUCAGACAGCAUGUCCGAUUCCGGAGCCAACGUUCAGUCCAAGAAGGCCGGCAUCCGGGCUGCGGUUAUCCUCAUUGGACUACUGCACAAGUCCAGGAGGCACAAGGAAAGAGAGAGGGUGAAAGCAGAGAAGGAGCGGAAACAAGAGCUGCUGACCAUCUCCAAUGUGCCUCUGGGAGAAUGUCCACCUUCACCCCCCCGCACUGCGCCACCCACAAUGAAGUCUGCUGAGUUCUUUGACAUGCUGGAAAGAAUGCAGAUUCCUAAAACUGAAGAGACUAAGAAGCACAAGGAUGACUACAUCCCUUACCCCCGGAUAGAAGACGUGCUGGAGAAGGGGAGUCCGUACCCACAGGUGAUCCUGCCUCAGUUUGGGGGAUACUGGAUUGAGGAUGCUGAAGCUCCAGCAGGAACUCCCACCUCCUCAGACAGCAGCUUCUGUGAGGAAGAGGAGGCUGAAAGCUCAGGCCCAGGGGGAGAAGGAGGAGGAUUCGGAUACCGGCUCGAGAGCAACAGCACUGCGCGAGCUUACCGCAAACACUUUCUGGGCAGGGAACACAUGAACUAUUAUUGCACAGGCAGUAGUUUGGGGAACCUCAUCAUGUCUUUAAAGCAUGAGGAGGUUGAGGGGCAGGAAUUCCUACGCAUAAUGCUCAGGUCAAAGACGAAGACUCUUCAUGACAGGAUCCCACUGGAGGGACUGCCCCAGCUGCCCAGUGUGCCUCAGAUAGCCAAGCUGCUUUGUGAUGAUGUCACAGGUCUUAAGUUCAAUCCGGUUCUCUACCCCAGGGGCUCCCAACUUAUAGUCAGUUUUGAUGAGCACGAAGUCAACAACACCUUCAAGUUCGGGGUCAUAUAUCAGAAGUUUGGGCAGACGUCAGAGGAAGAGUUGUUUGGAAAUAAUGAAGAGACGUCAGCAUUUGCAGAGUUCCUCAGCAUGUUGGGAGACAACAUUGAACUGCAGGACUUUAAAGGGUUCCGCGGAGGUCUGGACGUGUCUCAUGGGCAGACAGGCUCUCAGUCUGUCUACACUGUGUUCCGCAACAGAGAAAUCAUGUUCCAUGUCUCCACCAAACUUCCCUUUACAGAAGGAGAUGUACAGCAGCUGCAGAGGAAGAGGCACAUUGGGAAUGAUAUUGUAGCUGCAGUUUUCCAGGAAGAACCCACACCAUUUGUUCCUGACAUGAUUGCCUCCAACUUCCUCCACGCCUACGUGUUGGUGCAGGCAGAAAACCCCUGCACUGACCACACCACCUACAAGGUUUCUGUCACUGCCCGUGAAGAUGUGCCCCCGUUUGGUCCACCGCUGCCAAACCCUGCAGUGUUUAAGAAGGGUCCUGAGUUCCGAGAGUUUCUGCUGACAAAACUGAUCAAUGCAGAAAACGCCUGUUACAAGUCUGACAAGUUUGCCAAGCUGGAGGGAAGGACACGAGCUGCACUCCUGGAUAACUUGCAUGAUGAACUGCACAGGCAGACGCAGGCUACACUAGGCUUAGGCUCAAUUACAGAUGAAGAUAAGCUGGAGAAUGGAGGUCAUGGAGGGCUGCUGGAGUCUUUUAAGAGGGCCAUGCGGGUGAGGAGUCACUCCAUGGAGACGAUGGUGGGCUCUCACAAACACAAGCCUGCAGGAGGGGGAGGAGUACCAUCUAGUGUGAGUGGAGGAGUACUCCCUCAGAGCAGCACUGAGUGCACCAAGAGCACCUUCACGCCCCCAGUUCUGUCGGCCAAGUCUCCUCUGAAGAGUCCGGUGAAACGGCGCUCAGGCCUCUUUCCCAGACUGCACUCCAGCACAGAGAGUCCUACUGAGAGACAUCCAUCCCGCAGUGACCAGAAAACGGCUGACAUCAUUCCACAUUCCCAGGAAGUGAGGUCAGAAACUUCAUCUAACCCAAGCUCGCCAGAGAUCUGUCCAAACAAAGAAAGGCCGUUUGUGAAGCUGAAGGAGUGCAGUGGCCGGGCAAACAUCUCUCGCUCAUCCUCCAGCACCAGCAGCUUCAGCAGCACAGCCGGAGAAGGAGAGGGCCUGGAGGAACUGGACAUGAGCAGUCACCCAAGUUCGGCCUCAUCCGCCGUGUUCAGCCCCUCCCUCAGCGUGGAGAGCCAGAACUCUGCAACACCACUCAUUAUGUGCCGCAGUCCUACUGAUGGGAAAAGUAAAACUUCACCUAGGUCAAACCUGAAGUUUCGUUUUGAUAAGCUGAGCCACUCUUCAACAGGGCAUUAAGUGAGAUGAGAGUGACUGCAGAGAAAGCAGGCAUUGUAGCUUAAUCGGAGCCAAGAAGCGUUCUGCUAAAUUUUAAUGAGAGAAGGUACCACCUGCUGUAUGGACCGCUACCACCUUCAUCACUGCUCAGUCAGCACACUCCUUUAUGACCUGCACACAAGCACACGCCUUCAAGCCUGCACACACAUAGAAAUGAGACGAGCAAGUCUUAAUGCAUAAAACAGCAGCAAAUUGGACUGUUUCCACAUGUGCUGUACAAACCUGUGAAAGCUUCUAUGUUCAGAAUUCAAAGGCAUAUUCGCUCUUAUGCUGCUUCUCAUCAAACAGGUAGUGUAUAAAAUACCAACUUUCUGGAACACUUGAUUAGAUAUAGAUGUUCAGUGUCUUCAGUUCUGUUUUUUUUAAUGGUUUUCAGUUGAAUUUAUCAACUGUAGUCCAGGAUACAAAAGCAGCUGCGUAGUUGGGUUGCAAUGUUACCCUAUGCUAUUUAUUUGCUCAGUCCUUGUGAUUACUGUGAGUUUAUCUUUUUGGUACUUUUAAAGCAUUACUUGCAAUGAUGUUCAGUAAGUAAUGACUGAACCCCAACCCUACAGCAGAAGUACGACUCCAUAUGGCACACUGGUACAGAAUUUGUUAGCAUAUUAGCAGUCUGUCUGUGUGGAGGUCUGUGUAUUGAUGCUGCUCACUGGCUGAGAAUGUAUGAGAUGUAUGAGUAUCUAUGGGCUUUUCUCACUCUGCCAGUUCUGAGUUGCUAAUUUGCUGUCUUCUAAUUCAUGCACACUUCUAUCCCAGCAGCUUUAUAGUUACCUUCUGUGAAUAGUCUUAUUAAUCUAUUAACUAAUUACCUUUUCCAUGCUCAGUCCACAAACAAGUUGAUUUAAUUUCAUAACAACUGUUGCUAGUUUAUAAAGCUUUAUAGAACAUUAUCCAAAAAGAAAACACUCUGAUUAAUGUGAACUUGUGCCUUUUUAAAUGAAAUAUAGAAAUUGCAGUACUUUGCAGCAGUCAGAGAACAUCCUUCAUUUUUUUAUUCCAUUAUUUCCAGUCAUUACAUCCAAGUUCCAAUAAGUAUGUUAAGUAUGUAAAUACAUGAAGUAGGUUCAUUUUUCAAAAGGUAUUUCUGAGGACAUUAAAUGUGAAAUAAUAAACUUUCAAUGGAAAGGACAAAGGAGGAUAAAGGACAAAAUAGUUUCCAAAACUGGAGUUUAAAAUUCAUUUAGAGAUAAAAACAAAACAAAAGAAAUGGGACUCUUAACAACUGAGCAAGACCUGGUAGACCACCAUCGGAUAAACAGCACUUAAAGCUUUCAUCC